CGCCCGACCAACUUUUGCUCUUUCCGACCAAGCCGCACGUUCCUUUCGGACCGAUCGGACCGCCUAACCCCAACAAGCCCCCCAAGCCCCUCUGCCGCCGCCGGCCGGCAACCCCAGCCCUUUCUCUCUGGCCUCUCCGCCGUAGCGGCUUUCUAGUUUACCGCCGACUUGGGCCUCUACCUGAAGCACUGGUCCUCACCUCUCUCUGCGCAUCUACUGCUUGCAUAUAAUAUAGUAGUACAGUAAAUAUGGCUAUGAAAGUUGGCCCACCUUCUACUGACGCAGAAAAAUUGGAGGUUGGAGAAAUAGAUACAAGAGCUCCUUUUGAAUCUGUCAAAGCUGCCGUAAGCUUAUUUGGUGAAGUAAGGUUUUCAUCUGACAAAUCAGCUGCGAGAAAGCCAAAGGCUCCUCAAGCAGAGAAGAUGUUAGCUAAGGAGACCGAACUUCAUUUGGCCCAGAAAGAGUUGAAUAAAUAUAAGGAACAACUGAGUAAUGCUGAAACUGCCAGACUACAGGCCCUCUCUGAGUUGGAGAAAGCUAGAAAAACUGUUGAUGAACUAACUACUAAGCUGGAUGCAAUCAAUAAAUCUAAAGAGGUGGCUAUUCAAGCCAUGGAAGAUACAAAGACUCGAACCAAGCAGCUUGAAGGAGGCAGCCCGAAGGAAGCUGUUCGAAAAGAUAGUCCCUUGAAGCAGGAACUGGACAGUGCAAAGCAACAGUAUGUGGUUGCUCUGGCAGACCUCGAUGCAGCAAAACAGGAGCUGAGGAAGCUCAAGAAGGAUUUUGAAACCUCAUUAGAUAUGAGGCUGUCUGCUGCCCAGAAGGAAGAGGAAUCAUUGCACUCGAUAGAAGCCAAUAAGGAAAAGGCUGCUCAACUUCAUAAUGAGGCUAAAGCAAUUCAAGAAUCGCUUCUGCAUAUGAAGGCAGCUACAGAACAAUUACAGGAAGCAGAGUCGCAAGUCCUUGCUGAGAAGGGUGUUGCCAGGAAUACAUAUAAACAGGAUUUGGAAGAAACUGAGAUAAAAUUGUCAUAUUUGAGAAGUGAAUUUGAUCCUGCUGCUUAUAAAACCAUUAAACAAAAGCUAGAUGAGACCAACUCUGAGAUUUCAUCAAUGCAGAAAAAGAUAGAAGAUGCCCGUGUUCUAGAUUUAGAAACAGUUGCUUCUAUCACCACAGAAUUGGAUGAUGCGAAGGAAAUGUUGCAGAAAGUAGCUGAAGAGGAAAGCACACUUCGGAACUUAGUAGAAUCACUGAAGCUGGAGUUAGCAGCUGUAAAGCAGGACCACAGUCAACUCAAAGAGAAGGAUACAGAUACUGAAUCCAUUGUUGCAGAUCUACAUGUCAAGCUUCAGAAAUGCAAAUCUGAGCUUGAGGUAGCUGUUUGUGCUGAAUCAAAAGCUGCAACAGCUUCUGAUGACUUGAUGCUAGCUCUUCAACAGCUGUCGCGCGAGUCUAAAACUGCCCUGCAAGAAGCUGAAAUGAUGCAGAAGAGUGCAACAGAGUUAAGAACUGAAGCUGAAGCAGCACGUGUUGCGUUAACUGAAGCUGAGGAAAUGUUGCAAUCAGCUUUGAAAGAAGCAGAGGAAGCAAAAGCAGCUGAAGCGAAGGCCCUUGAUCAGAUUAAACAACUAUCAGACAGAGCAAGUGCUGUUCAAGCUUCAACUUCUGAACCCGGAGGAAAGGUCACAAUCUCAAAAGCGGAGUUUGAAUCUCUUAGCCGGAAGGUAAAAGAGUCAGAGAAGUUGAGUGAGAUGAAAGUAGCUGCUGCCGUGGCGCAAGUGGAAGCUGUUAGAGCUAGUGAGAAUGAGGCAAUACAGAAAAUGAAAACUGCCCGGAGAGAGAUGGAGGACAUGGAAUUAGCAACAGAGGAGGCACUGAAGAGGGCGGAGAUGGCUGAAGCAGCAAAGAAGGCUGUAGAAGGCGAGCUUAAGAGGUGGCGUGAAAAGGAACAGAAGAAAGCUGCAGAGUCCGUGUCUUCUGCAGAAGGGCAAGCACACGCAACCACACCUUCAUCUGUACACAAGGCUUCUGCUGGGAAAGCCACCGAGAAGAAUGAUGGGCAUCAAAGGAGCAACAGAACGCUAUUGAGGAAGGGAUUUGUGUUGCCAAACAUCACAGGCAUCUUUCAUAAGAAGAAGAGCCAUGUCGAUGGCAGUUCUCCAUCACCUGGGGAAAAAUCUGUAUGAUAUCAUUGUGGAUUUCCAGUCACAUUGAUAUUUUUGUGGUUCUCAUUCAUGUUUCCACUUUGUAUAAUACAGAUGGUUGGAUGCCAUACUUUAUGUAAUAUAUUUAUGGUUGCAUGUAGUAUGUUCCUGACAUAACUGCAUCCUAUGUAUGAAUUUUUUAUGUGACUGUUUUCUUA